AUGCGUCGAAAAUACCGACUAGUUGUUCUCGGUAGUGGAGGAGUAGGCAAAAGUGCUUUAACAGUGAAGUUUGUCUCUGGAAAGUUUGUGGAAAAAUAUGACCCAACAAUUGAAGAUUUUUAUCGUAAAGACAUCCUGGUUGAUGGUGUUCACCAUACUCUAGAGAUUUUGGAUACUGCUGGAACUGAACAAUUUUCUUCUUUGAGGGAUUUGUACAUACGAAAUGGCCAGUGCUUUUUAGUUGUUUAUAAUCUAGCCAGCCGUCAAACAUUUAGUGAUAUACGUAAUAUGAGAGAUAACAUAUUAAGAGUGAAGGGUCUUCAACCGGGUUCUGUAAAAUCUGUACCCAUAGUCCUUGUCGGGAAUAAAGCUGAUUUGGCAGUAAACGGUCAUCGAGAAAUUGACCCACAAGAGUCUGAAACACUCGCAGCCCAGUGGUGCUGCCCACAUCUAGAGACAUCUGCAAGAGAUGAUGUUGGAGUAAAUGAAGCAUUUUUAGAAGCAGUACGUCAGCUUUUAAUGCUUGAACCGAAACGUCGAACCUUGUGUCUAGUUCUAUAG